AUGGAUCUCCGGACCUCAAAUACCAUAUGUGAUGCCGAAUCAUUACCAGAGUCACGCACAAGGAAUGAUAACUCGCCCGCACUUACAAUAGCGCAAGUUAUGCUUGCAUACCUGAACAUGAUUCUCCCAAAGGACUGGCGCCGCGAUGCCAACACUCCCUGGAGCAGAAGUCCAAGCCCAAACUUCUCUCUGGAUGCGGCUGGACUCGUUGCCCUCGCUGACAUCAGGACGAUAGCCCUACGCACAGCUCUUACCGGCACCUCCGCUUUUCUGGACACAUUCGUUCUGUGCCCCGGGAUACAUAGCCAACAGUCGGCGCCGGAGCUCAAUGGUGGUGAAUAUCCUGCUUGCGGCGCAAUGACUUCGGGAUAUGUAUUUCGGGUCGAAAAUCCUGCCACCGUGCUUUAUCUGCAGAAAGUGGGCCUUACAGGUCAAUUGACGACGCUAUCAGUGAAAAGCAUACAACACAAUGCGUCACAAUGGAACAAUCUGAUUUCAAGAUUCUUCACCUUCCAGACUGCCUCCUUCACCUCUUCUUGCGCAUACUUGGUCGCCGUUGCCAUGACUGCCACCGCCCUCACCUUACUAGCGUUUUCGCAGAAUUGGUGGGGUCUCACCGUUGUACUCUUCCUUUGCACUUCGCGCCUUUGCAACGUCAUCGUGAUCCGCCGCCGCACCAAUGUCAGCUGGCAAGGCGCCGCAGAGCCUGGCGUCAAAGGUGACCUGCUCAUACUUCUCAGCCAAGACCGCUGGAUUCGCAUGAAAGGCAUGGUCGAUGACCUCAAAGCGGUCACCUCGGGCCAGUGGCUCCGAGAUAUGACGUUCCUCGAAAGCAGCGUCGCUGCCUUUGCAACCUUGCUCGUGUUUCUAGAUGCCGCACUUGCAAGCAAUGUUGACCAAGUUGGGAAAAUGAUCCUCCUGGUCCUGCUCAUUGCCAGUGCCGGGGUCUUGGCAAUAGCUAAUGAGACAACUCAAAUGCUACAGAUGCAUGGGAGGGUGAUCAAAGUGGAGGGCUCAAGAACAAAAUACCAACGAAGACUGGAAAUGGUCGAACAGCUGAUCAGAGAAAGCGGAAGAGAUGACUGGGCUAUGCGGAUGGGCAUGAUUGUCCGGAAGGACGAAAAGGACAGUCGCAAAGACAGUCAGGAGGGUGUGACCAUGUAG